CGACCUGAUGAGGGAGUAACAACUGGAAAAAGUGUUUGUGCGUGUGUGUAUAAAAAAGUUUCGAGGGAAAAAAUUGUCCCGUUUUCGAGUAAUAUUCGGCGUCCGCACACAUCGUACCUACCACCUACUCUACUUUAUAUAUACACAUCGAUCCAAAUUUAUCGCGCUAAUUAUAUACGCACCUACCGCGACGUCGUCGACGACGACGUGGUGGACCGUGUCGUUGCCACAUUCUCUCUCUUUCUCUCUCUCUCUCUCUCUCUCUCUCUCUUUGUCCGUCUUUCCCUUUGCGAAAGAGAAGGAGAGCGAGCGAGUGGGCAUUACUCGUGGAAUCCAGGAAGAGAAACGGCAUGGCGCGACACCUGAGGACCCUUUUCAUUAUCCUGCCUCCAUCCUCGUCUUCAUCAUCGUCUUCCCGCCCGCUGCAGGCGAAUAGAAGCCGGUGAUCUCGCCGCGAUGUACGGCCGAUCUCAUACUCCGGAUACGCCUUCUCCGUGGCUGGUCCGAGCCGAGGUAACGAUACGACGAAGCGGCGAUCAGGCUGUCGCUUUGGAACCGCGGAACAGUUCCACCGGAUGUCAGGAAGCAGCGGGAAACGGGGGCGUUCAAAUGGUCUACAAGUGGGGCCGAGACCCGGGGGACGUCGAGAGGAAUCCCGCCGGCUCCUACGCCUUUCAGCGGGGAAACAUCCUCUUCACAUCGACGCCGCCGCCUCGACCAUUCUCCGGAAGUUCGACCACACCUGCCACUUCCGCUCCCCGACACCUCGGCGUCAAUGUAUCCGACUCUGGGUACAACAGCGAACAGUUUUCACCGCAGUCUUACUCCAGUCUACCGCACCGCCGACCUUGUCAACAGUACAAUAGACGCUGCAAGAGCACCUGUAGCAUCGUUUUAUCCACCGCCGAGGAGCCGCGGGUUCCUGACAACGCCAAUCCGCAAUGCACGGACCGCUUCUGCGGACACCAUGCUAAAAGCGGAUUCUUUAAACCCGUUCCUGAGGCCUGCGAGGACUGUCUCGAAGGCAUUACUUCCGGUAGGAAGGCUUUCACUACUCACUUUUGCACCAGGGUGCCUGGCAGAAGUCACGGGUUCAAUCCAACCACCAAGGGGAUUCAUUGUUCGAAUGAUUAUGGUGGAUCGGGCAACAGCAAGGAUGCUGCUUCGCAGACUACCGAUGUUCAGACUCAGACGUCGUUUAGCUCUGUUCCUUCUUUGCUUCAAGGCACCAAUUUCAAGCAUUACGAAACAAGGAGGAAAACCGCACCUGGUCUUUUGCGGAAGUUUAAUGAACGCGAUUUCUGGACUGGACAGCAAGAAAAAAAAGAAGUGGUACCAGGCUCUUCAUCGUCGUCGUUGUCGGUGGGCGUGACAAGUGAAAAGUCUAAUAUUCCCCCAAUUCGCGACUCACAAUCAGAAACAACCGGGGCGGCCAAUUCCUCGGGUAAAGAGGACACAGCCAAGCGGAAAUCCAGGACCGUGCACAUCGAUGUUUACUGCACGGGAUCCGAGGAGGAAGACGAAGAAGAAGAGGAAGAGGAUGAGGAUGAAGCAGAGGACAGCAGUUACUCGGACUCGUCUGAGGCCUCCGAGAGGCUCGCAGAAAAACCGCGGACGAUAUUCGAGAGCGAUCGAGUUCGAGUGACGCACUCGCGGGCUGAGGAAACGCGUCUUCCUCGCGGCCUCCAGGACGACAAGGCCUUUCUUAAGCGGUCGGAGGAACUCAGUUGCGAAAGUUUCAAACAAGCCCCGAUGCGGAUGCCCUCGUUGGCGAGUUCCCGGGGCUAUGAGACCGACGAUGUUCUCAGCUCGCUUUACCCCUCGCAAUUUAGUUCUUACAGCCGGAUCCGGGAUCUGGACUCAACGCCCUGGUCAGCGGCCUCGUCGUGUGUGGGUCUGAACCCGCACCCUGACUCGUAUGAUUCGGCGACGGCAACGUCGUGGAAAGACACAAUAUCCGACGUAGAGUCUCUCCUCAACAGCAAGUCCGGACUCACCCCAUGCGACAGCUUUGAGUACGCUAAUUCGUCCGACCGCGAGAGGAUCGGCAGGCUUGAAACGGCCUGGGACGAGGACGCGGAGAGCCGCGAGAAACGCUCCAAGACUUGGCGUUCACCUCAGAUCGAAAGACGGCAGCUUCUGCAGAACAGGAAGAUGAAGGAGUUCCUCGACAAGCACCAGGUCGGCUGGUCAUCUCCGGAGAGCGCUGCAGAGUCAGACGACAGCGCGGAAUUAGGCUGGAGCUUCGUUUCGAGUGACGAGAAUUCACGACAUGUUAGAAGGGACUCGACCGUUCGCAGGCCCAGUAAGGAGGCCCAACAGGUUCAGGCCCCUUCCAGGGAGCCGGAGGACCGCGGAUGCAUGAGCGAUACCGCGGGGAAAACAACGUUGCGCGGUUUCAAGGACCAGAUCGGACCCUUUGGUGCGAAGAGUCCUUCGCCGGCGAGAGAUAAGGUCGAAUCGCGCGUUACUUCACCCUUCACGACGCCUCAGGGCGAAAAGACAGACCACAUACUCAAGGCGUCGGUGUUCGGUGCGGUUGUUGGCGCUUUUAGAAAACCCGGACACCACAUUGGACCCUCGAAAAAUCCAUCCUGCUCAUGCGAGCACUGUAGAAGGUUCUUCGAGGAGGACGCGGGGCCCAGAGGGCGGUCCAGAUCUCUUGGCGAUAUUGAACGGCGACCUGGAGCCUGGAUUAGGAGAAAUAAAGAUAUCAUUUCCCAGGCACCUCGUAACUCGAAAAACGGCGUUUCGUAGGAGUAUUAUUAUAAUUUUUUUAUUUUUUCCAUUGCUCCACGGUGAACUAUAGAUAUGCAAAUUUUAAAAUUUUGCAUUAUAAUAAUAAAUUGAGAUCUGGUGUGAAUCAUCACGACGUAAUCCAUGAAAACCUCACUUAUGGAUCAAUUUUUUAUUUCCAUUUUUAUCUUCCCUUUUGUUUUCCGUUUUCAUCCUUUUCUUAUAAUAUUGUUUUUGCAAUGUUAGACGGAGGUCUGAUGAUUUUUACUCAUACAAAUCGAUCUACGAUAUCGGUGAAUCGAAUUGUAAGUUAAAAUUGCGUGGGUAUGAUUUGACAAUUUUUAUUUUUAUUUAACUUUGCCGCUCUCUUCUUUCUUUCUUUUUCUCUUUGAAUUUAUUUUUUUUUACCCGAUACACAAAAUACAAACUUUUAGAAGCAGUGAACUUGUGCAGAUCUUUUAUACGUACGGCCGACGAAAUUGCAACACUAAUUCACGUUAUACGAUGUACCGUUAAUCAUAAUGAUACUGUUAAUAAAUAUUAAUAGCCUUAUUA